AUGAAAGCAGGCUUUGGAGAUCUGCUUCAGAAAGAUCAAGCAGUCAGCAUAAAACAUAGUUUCAAGGACCCACAUAAGCUUCUUCCUCCCCUUUCUCAGGAGAAGACGCAGCUGGCCUUGGAUAGACUCCUGACAGACUGGCCCACUCCCGAGGAACCUGAGCCCCUGGUCAUCAACAAAGUCCUUCACCAAAUGACCCCAGCCUUCAGACGUCCCCAUCACCCCAGCUGGCCAGGAAAGGGACAAGGAGUCCAAGGUCACUAUACCUCUGAGGAAGACACAGGAUACAGUGCCUCGAGCCCCCCACCUCCGAGAGCUCUCACAGCAGAGACAGGACAAGGGGUGGAUCUGUACAAGGUGCUGGGAAGCAAGGGCCCCGACUCAACGCCGGGAAACCCAGCCAGCCCCUCGAGAGUCCUCCCAGUGGACUACCUUCCUGCCCAUGAGGGCUACUUACCCUCCAACAUAGAUUAUCUCCCUUCACAUGAGCCUCCCAUAACUGACCCUCGGGAAGAACUGCCUCAGCACAUCUCUCUUUCCAUUUUCCCCUCGAGUUCCCUUCACCCACUCACCUUCUCCUGUGGUGAGAAGUUGACUCUGGAUCAGUUAAAGAUGGGGUGUGGCUCCCUCAUGCUCUGAGUGGCAAAGCUUGAAGUUCGGAAAGUCGAUGUGCCUCCAAGUGGCACAGCGUGCCCCAUCUCCCCAGCCACCUGCUCCAGUGGUCGUUACAUCUGGGUGCUACCAUCAGGUCUGGUUGCAGCUAGAGGGCAGGCAAGCCAACUCAGGGUGAAACUCAUCUCAAGAUACCUCAUCUUGCCUUCUGCAGAGCCUUAGGGAUCACAUCCUCUGCUGUGUGGACCUAGAGACUCCAAUCUGGGUUCCUGCAACUUUCUUGGCUAUGUUGGCCAGAAAGGAGAAAGGCAAGAGUGGAAACCAAAACUCUUACUAGCCUAGCAAUGGCAGACAGUCCAGAGGACCAUUCAUUCAACAACUAUUUACUGUUGACCCUGAAUAAUAUGUGUUUGAGCUGCAUGGGUCCACCUACAUGCAGAUUUUUUAAAAUAAUACAUUCUACAGUACUACAUGAUCCAUUGCUGGAUGAGCCCAUGGAUGCAGAACCACAGAUGAGGAAGGCCAGCUAAAAGUUAUAUGCAGAUUCUCAACUGCACAGGGGAGUCGGCACCCCAACCCCCACAUUGUUUAAGGGUCAACUUAUAAAGCAGCUACUACAAACCAGGUCUUAUGUCUUCUAUCUCAGGCCUGAGAUAGAAAUGUUCUAUGUAUAGCUGCCCUGUUUGAUCCAACAGAUACUAACCACAAUAGCCAUUGAUUACUUAGGGAUGUAUCUCUAGUAUGACUGAGGAAUUGACUUUUUAUUGUAAUUAAAAUAGUCACAUAUGACACUUGGCCACUGUAUUGGAGAGCACAACUCUAAAUGAUGGACAUAUUAGUGAGAAUUACUGGGUACCUUCAAAACAGAUCGACCUAGUUUUACAUAUGCAGGCAUAAAAAACCCCAGUGAAUACCAAUAUAAAAGGGCUCCCAAGAUGGUCAUGGUUGUCCUUAUUUGUAGAAGCCUAAGAAUGUACCUUUUCUUUAGUUUUGCUCGUUUGUUUUCUUUUGCCUUCACCCUUUUUCAGUGAAAGCAGCUUGAUGGUACUGUUUAGCUACUGCUAAACCCACUGUAGGACCCUGGGCAAGCAGCCUACCCUCUCUGAAAUCCAGUCUUGUAAAAGAGUGGGCCAAAGCUUCUCUGACCCCUUGUGUUUCCUCUUCUUUUUGCUGCAGCUGAUACUGCCUUUAGGACCAGGGCUUCCUCAGGGUCUAAGACCAAACUGCCAAGAUUGCACUCAUAAGUCGUCCCUUCUGAAGGCAUCCUGCUUUCCUUCCUCAGGAAAACUCUUGAGCUGGUCCUCAGUUCAAGUUGAGCAUGGAAGAUAAUUCUCUUUUCCCCAGCAUGAACUUGGAAAACUUUAAAGAUGUGGCCUCUGGCUUAUCAUCCUCCCUUCACCCAUCACUGCCUCUAUCCCUUAACUAUAGGCACUUCUGCUAAGCUGAUAGAGAAGAAUCUUAGUCUAAAUGCUAAUAGUACUCUUUGCAAAUGAAUGGGAUGAAAGGUCCAGGAACCUUUUUCUUAAAUCCCUGUCAAGGCUGGGUCCUACACCCUACCACCAUCCCACCCAAACACUGGAGCUGAGGCAGCUUUGGUUUACCAGAUGUCCCUCAGAGCUCUAGAAAUUGAAAUGAGCAUUUGCUCUGUUUGUUCAUGUUUAACACUUCAUCUAUGCCUCCUGCUAUUCCAGACUAACACAUUUAGUUCUUCCAAGCUUUAUUUGAAAAGCUUAAGCUUCUUCCUUACAUCUCCAUUCUACCCUAUUUAGCUGCUGUGUAGCACCCCCAUACCAUGGUUCCCUGCAUCUCAGCAGCUUCAGUACUGGCUUGUCUGCACCCAGGAUGUGGAGCCCCUUGACUGUUUGCAAUGGGUCGUGACAAAGCUGCCACCUCAGAAGCAGGCCAACCUAUCACCUCUUGACAAUAAGAGCCAACUUUUCUUUCUUGCAAUACCUGCUUUUCCUAUAUACUUUCCUUUUGAUUACCUGAUAGCCAUCUUAGUCACUCUUCCCCUACCCCAGGGGUCCCCAACCCCCAGGCCAUGGACCGGUACCGGCCCAUGGCCUCUUAGGAACCGGGUCGCACAGCAGGAGGUGAGCAGCGAGCGAAGCUUCAUCUGUAUUUACAGCCGCUCCCCAUCGCUGGCAUUACCGCCUGACCUCCGCCUCCUGUCAGAUCAGUGGAAUCAUUAGAUUCUCAAAGGAGCGCAAACCCUACUGUGAACUGCACAUGCGAGGGAUCUAGGUUGCGUGCUCCUUAUGAGAAUUUAAUGCCUGAUGAUCUGAGGUGGAGCUGAGGCAGUGAUGCUAGCUCUGGGGAGUGUCUGCAAAUACAGAUUAUCAUUAGCAGAGGGUUUGACUGCACAGAGACCAUAAUAAACCAAUUGCUUGCAGACUCGUCAAAACCACAUCAGUGAGCGGCAAGUGAAAACAAGCUCAGUGCUCCCACUGAUUCUGCAUUAUGGUGAGCUGUACAAUUAUUUCAUUAUUUAUUACAGUGUAAUAAUAAUAGAAGUGCACAAUAAAUGUAAUGUGCUUGAAUCAUCCCGAAACCAUCCCCCCUCCCCCCACCCUACCCCCAUCCAUGGAAAAACUGUCUUCCACGAAACCAGUCCCUGGUGCCAAAAAGGUUGGGGACCGCUGCCCUACCCCUUUGGCCUCAACACACAGGUCCCAGUCUCCCUUUUACCCCCCACACGUUUUCCCCUCCCUUAAAGCUCCAGGUGGUACUGCAGUCCUCACUUGCUUUCCUAAAAGGUGAAAAAAAAAUUUUUUUAAAGGGAGAGCUUGCAUCUAAGGAUGCAAAGGCCUCCUCAGUGCUCCCCUAGCAUGAUGCACUUACUUCCUCUUGUGGACUGUAAAUAGCUGGAAAGCACGAAACAUGACAAUCUCCAGCACCAUGCCUGGUCCACAGUAGGCUAUCAAUAAAAAGUAAAAGAUGUCUUCUGCCACCACUUCCACCUUGUUCCUUCACUUCCAGAAGCCAGUCCAGCUAUGCCUGCUUCCUCUUUAUUGAGACAAUUGCAUUUGCUUAUCAUCUCUUCAUUCCCAACCCCCAUUCUACCGUACUGUUUAUUGACAGCACUACUGUAAUACAUGUAGCAGUUUCUUAUAUUAAAAACAUUUGAACAUGCCUUUGGCUGCUCACUCUGCCAGAUAAAAUGUCCUCUUUCUGUGAAUGACAGGAUGGGUAACCUCAUUCUGCCCUUGCCCCAAAUAGUUGUUUUUUUUUUAAUUAUUUAUUUAUUUAUGGCUGUGUUGGGUCUUCGUUUCUGUGCGAGGGCUUUCUCUAGUUGUGGCGAGCGGGGGCCACUUUUCAUCGCGGUGCUCGGGCCUCUCA